AUGCGCCUUUUCUUAUCUGCCUUCGUCUUUCCUCGCAAACAAAUCUUCACUCUUCGUCGAUUCCAAUCCUCUUCGAUCCGUCACGAACCCAUCUCCUCGAUCCAGAUUCCGAUGGACGGUACCGAACAAUCUCUUCGUCAGUCUCUAUCGGAGAAAUCCUCCUCCGUCGAAGCUCAGGGAAACGCCGUACGCGCUCUCAAAGCCGCACGCGCAGCGAAGCCAGACAUCGACGCCGCCAUUGAUCUACUCAACAAAUUGAAGCUUGAGAAAUCCGCCGUCGAGAAACAACUCCAAUUAACCAUCAGCAGCAGUAGCAGCUCCGGUAACGGUUCGCUUAACCGUGAAGCUUUUCGACAAGCCGUCGUCAAUACUCUCGAACGUCGAUUGUUCUACAUACCUUCUUUUAAGAUCUACCGUGGUGUUGCUGGACUCUUCGAUUACGGUCCUCCUGGUUGUGCUGUGAAAUCCAAUGUCCUUAGCUUUUGGCGUCAACACUUCAUUCUUGAAGAGAACAUGCUUGAGGUUGAUUGUCCAUGUGUAACACCAGAAGUUGUUCUUAAGGCAUCUGGGCAUGUUGAUAAGUUCACUGAUCUCAUGGUUAAAGACGAGAAGACUGGAACUUGUUACCGUGCGGACCAUUUGCUCAAGGAUUAUUGCAAUGAGAAGCUGGAGAAAGAUCUUACCAUCUCUGCUGAUACAGCUGCUGAAUUGAAAGAAGUUCUUGCUGUUAUGGAAGAUUAUUCUCCUGAAGAGCUUGGUGCUAGGAUCAGAAAGUAUGAGAUCACUGCUCCAGACACGAAGAACCCACUUUCUGAUCCUUACCCGUUUAAUCUGAUGUUUCAAACAUCGAUUGGCCCAUCUGGUUUGAUUCCAGGUUACAUGCGUCCUGAAACUGCACAGGGCAUUUUUGUGAACUUUAAGGACUUGUAUUAUUACAAUGGGAGAAAGCUUCCNUUUGCUGCAGCUCAAAUUGGUCAAGCCUUUAGAAAUGAGAUAUCUCCUCGUCAAGGGCUUCUUAGAGUUCGUGAAUUCACGCUGGCAGAAAUUGAGCACUUUGUUGAUCCUGAGAAUAAGUCACAUCCCAAAUUCCCUGAUGUAGCGGAAUUGGAAUUCCUUAUGUUUCCAAGAGAAGAGCAAAUGUCUGGCCAAUCUGCAAAGAAACUUUGCCUUGGUGAAGCUGUUGCCAAGGGAACGGUUAACAAUGAAACCCUAGGGUAUUUCAUUGGAAGAGUAUAUCUCUUCCUUGUUCGUCUCGGGAUAGACAAGGGGCGGCUCCGUUUCCGCCAGCAUCUAGCGAACGAGAUGGCCCACUACGCAGCAGAUUGCUGGGAUGCGGAGAUUGAGAGUUCAUACGGGUGGAUUGAAUGUGUGGGGAUUGCAGAUAGAUCUGCAUAUGACUUACGCGCUCACUCGGAAAAAAGUGGCGUUGAUCUUGUUGCUGAAGAGAAAUUUUCAGAACCUAAAAUAGUAGAGAAACUUGUUAUUACUCCUGUCAAGAAAGAACUGGGCCUUGCAUUCAAGAAAGAUCAAAAGAAUGUGUCUGAAUCAUUGGAGGCGAUGAAUGAGCAAGAAGCUAUGGAGAUGAAAGCAACUCUGGAAUCAAACGGGGAAGUGGAAUUCUACGUGUGUACACUCGGGAAAAAAGUGAGCAUCAAGAAGAAUAUGGUGUCGAUCUCAAAGGAGAAAAAGAAAGAGCACCAGCGGGUUUUCACUCCAUCAGUGAUCGAGCCAUCAUUUGGUAUCGGUCGGAUCAUCUACUGCCUGUACGAGCAUUGCUUCAGCACAAGGCCGAGCAAAGCAGGAGACGAGCAGUUGAACGUCUUCCGGUUCCCUCCUCUUGUUGCGCCCAUCAAAUGCACUGUUUUCCCGCUUGUUCAGAACCAACAGUUCGAGGAAGCAACCAAAGUCAUCUCCAAGGAACUCACUUCUGUUGGCAUUUCACACAAGAUUGACAUCACUGGUACAUCGAUAGGGAAGAGAUACGCGAGAACUGACGAGCUUGGUGUUCCAUUUGCCAUAACCGUGGACUCGGACACAUCUGUGACAAUCCGAGAACGAGACAGCAAAGACCAGGUUCGUGUUAGUUUGAAGGAAGCUGCCUCGGUUGUGAGCUCAGUCGCGGAGGGUAAGAUGACGUGGCAAGAUGUCUGGGCAAGCUUCCCGCACCACUCCUCUGCCACUGCAGACGAGUAG